GCGCGAACCGCCGUCCCAUCCCACAAGCCCACGAUGCGGCCCCAGACAAGUCGCAUACGUCUGGCCGGGCGCACACUGCGCAAUGCGCCGAAUGCACACAGCGUAGAGUCGCAAUGCCCGCGCCAGUUCUCGCACAGGCCUCCCCGCCUCCUGCUCGUCUCCCACCGCAGCUUGCCGCGCCCGCAACUGCCCUUCCUCUACCCCUCCGGCGCAUCCCUCUCCAACGCCCAGUUGUCCCGCCUCUUCUCCAUCAGCGCAAAUCAGAAGAAGUUCAUCAAAGAAACGGCACGCGAAACGGUCAAAUGGACCUUGCUCAUAUUCUUCGCAACAUCGUGCUUCAGCAUUGCAAGUCUGGGCAUCUUGAGCGAACGCCAGGAGCGCGCGUUCCCCUCGCCGCAUGAAUGGAGCUUGAUCACGAGGUUCCGAUUCAGGAGGGGGAAAUGGUGGCAGGUGCCGGAGAACAACGAAGACGAAGGGUUCCCCAACUGGGCACGGGUGUACGACGAAUUGGAGCAUGCGUUGAAGCGGCUGGAGAACACAGACAAGGAUGGCGCGGGACUUCGGGAGCAGGAAGAAGGCGGGAUACUCGUGCCGGGCGUCGGAAAGGCCGGCUACGACCUCACGGCAAAGAGCGAGGAAUGGCGGCAGGGCUACUACGAGGUCCUCAUGGGCAUGGCUACCGCCGCAGAAAGACUCGAGGGCUGGGUCACAACCAAAUCGCGCCGCUACGUCUGGGCACCUGAAUUCGUGCCCUCACCCACAAACCCACGACCCAAGGCCACGCUCCCCUCCCAGCUCCCCAUCCCCGACGAGGAAGACCGCAUACCUGCCUCCGAUGUCCCAGAGACCUUCUACCUCAAGAUCAUCACCUCGAACGGCUUCACCACCUACCAGCGCAUGGCCGCAGCCCUCGGAUACGCAGACUGGCUGGCCUUCAAGAAGCUCCCCGACUCUGCCGAAGAGAUGUACAAAUGGGCCCUCGACAUCGCGCUGUCCGGCCUCCCCAUACCCGACCACUCCGCCGUCAUUGACCCCAAAAGCCAUGUCCUCUCCUCCACAGCCCCCAAAGAACUGAUAACACCCAACGUCGUCUUCGCCGCCACCAGUCUCGCCACCUUCCACGCUUCCCAGGGACACACCACAACCGCCCUCCCCAUGCUCGUCUCGCUCUUGCGUGCCCGCUUAGCCGCUGACGCCGCACCUUCGAAACCCCUCGCUAAGCCCCAAGACUCCAGCUUCAUUGGCACAGUCCUCAGUCUGCUGCACGAGCCUGAAUACCCGGCUCUGCCGCCCACCGGGGACGAAGCACUCCUGCGCCGCGCCGAAGACCGCUGCGAGGAAGCAGUCCUGAAAUCCUACAUUGGAGAGAUUCUCUUCGCCGUCGCCGACUCCACGGCCGGGCGGACGCAAGGCCUCUCCUGGGUGCGCGACGCCGUGUCGACGGCCAAAACAGCCCAGCUAGAUGUCCCCAGCAUACAGAGCAACCCCACGCUGCGCAAGAAGUGCGAGCAGUGCGAGGAAGUCGGGCUGGAGGCGUGGGGCAAGAUGAUGACUUAUCUCGCAGCUGAGGCACGUGAAAGGCAGGACUCGCUGGAGUCCAGUGUCGUGAAGAAGCUGUGGUGGAAGCUAUGGCCGGGAGCGACACGAAAGUUGCGCGAGGAAGUCGAGGAUAGAGAAGGAGAGGAAGAGGGCGUGGUCAUGCGGCUAAACAAGCUACGGGCCAAGAUGCUAAAGGAGGAGUACGAGGACAUGGACAGGAAGUAUGCAAGGACUUUCGUCUUCUAGACCUGCAUGUUGGCUGUAUCAUCUAAAUGUAAUAUACUGGACUGUGACGCCGCCACAGCGACCGAGAUUUGAACCUAGAGAAGACGGGUCAAUGUAUGAGUACGUGUGGAGACGGACACUUGCCAGAACCACAACUCGAAAAAGCUAUUUCAGCUUACAACCAUUCAUGAUGUACAGCUUCUUUGUGACGCAUGUACACGACUUGGGCACACUGACCGAGACUGACAUGGCGGCUCUGUAGAUGGCUUGACCAG